AGCUUAAGCCCAAAAAAACAAGAGCGUUAAACGGAUUUAGGCAAAACCGACUCUCUCGUCUCUUCUGCUCUGUAUGUGUACCCAAAAAGAGAGAGAAAGGAGCUACGAGAUACCACCCCAGACAGAGAUCAGAUAACAGUAGCGAUAACCGAUCGACUGAUCGAGCUUUAGGGUUUCCAUCGCUUCUCUCUCCUUCUGAAGCUUCAGCAAUGGAGUCUGUCGGCUUUCACGACGGCAACAUCACCGACUUGAUCGAUAAGCGAACUCUCCACGUCCGCCACGACAUUAGGCCCAGUUUAGAAAUGCACUCUUCGUUGAUACAAAGGCUUUCCCAGGAAAGAGAAUUGGAGGGGCAUGUGGGUUGUGUAAAUGCUGUGGCUUGGAACUCAAAAGGCUCACUCUUGAUAUCUGGAUCUGAUGAUACUAGGGUCAACAUUUAUAGCUAUUCAAGCCGAAAGCUUUUGCACUCUAUUGAGACUGGGCAUUCGGCCAACAUAUUCUGUACAAAAUUUGUUCCUGAAACUUCUGAUGAAUUAGUGGUCUCUGGUGCUGGUGAUGCUGAAGUUCGACUUUUUAAUCUGUCUCGUCUAAGGGGUAAAGGACCUGAUGAAUCUGAUAUUAGUCCGUCAGCAGUAUUUCAGUGCCAUAGUAGAAGAGUGAAAAAAUUAGCUGUGGAAGUAGGAAAUCCUAAUGUUGUUUGGAGUGCAAGUGAAGAUGGGACUUUGAGGCAGCAUGAUUUUCGGGAGGCUUCAUCUUGCCCUCCAGCUGGAUCGGCUCAUCAAGAAUGUCGCAAUGUUUUACUUGAUUUGCGAUGUGGAGCGAAGAGGUCAUUAGCUGAUCCUCCUAAGCAGCCGCUGGCUCUGAAAUCUUGUGAUAUAAGUUCUGUUAGGCCUCAUUUGCUUCUUGUCGGUGGGAGUGAUGCUUUUGCUCGUUUAUAUGAUAGACGGAUGCUGCCACCGCUCUCAUCUUGUCGGAAGAAGCUAUCACCACCUUCUUGUGUUAACUAUUUCUGCCCGAUGCAUCUUUCUGAUCGUGGUCGUUCUAGCUUGCACCUGACUCAUGUUACUUUUAGCCCAAAUGGAGAAGAGGUUCUUCUUAGUUAUAGUGGAGAACAUGUUUAUCUAAUGGAUGUAGCUGGUGGCAGUGCCAUGCAAUAUACGCCUGCUGAUGCUUCGAAACUCAUGACCUUUACUCCACUACUAAAUGGAGUAGAACUGCAGUCAUCAAAAACUGGUGUCUUACGAAAUGGUUUCCCUUUAAAAAGCAAUUUCUCUGCCACGCUUGACAAGUGCAGAAAAUUGGUUCAAAUUGCGGAAAAAUCGUUAUUAGAGAAUACGGAUUAUUAUUAUGGAAUUGAGGCUUGCAAUGACGUUUUGGAUUGUCAUGGUCGUGAGAUUGGACCUAUGCUAAUGCAUGAGUGUCUAUGUAUCCGUGCAGCCUUGUUACUCAAGCGGAAGUGGAAGAAUGACGCUUUUAUGGCUCUAAGAGAUUGCCACCGAGCUAGGAGGAUUAAUGCUUCUUCAUUUAGGCCACUUCAUAUACAGUCUGAAGCUUUAUUCCAGCUAGGGAAACAUAAAGAAGCUUUAGAAUAUGCUAUGGCUGCUCAUUCAAUGGCACCAUCAGAUUCUGAAGUUGCAGAAACUUUGGAGCACAUAAAAAAGCAUCUCGCUGCAGCUGAAGAUGAAAAAAAUAGUAAAGCAAAUGAUGGAGCACCUAAGUCUGAACCACGAGCUGGAAGAGCGUUAUCAUUGAGUGACAUACUCUACCGGUCAGAGGCUAAUAGUGAUGCUUCACAAGAUGGUCCGAGGUCUGAUAGAGAAGAUUCUGAUUAUGAAGAAGAACUGGAGUUGGAUUUUGAAACAUCAGGAUCAGGUGAUGAAGGGCGUGACGUUGAAGCCAAUGUUCUUCAUGGAAGUUUGAAUUUAAGAAUCCACAGAAGAGGUGAUUCUGCUAUGGAGACUGGUCGUGCAAAUGGCUCUUGUAAAUCGCCUACAUCAUCUCAAAAUGACAAAACAACUUAUCUGCCUGAGGCUGCAAUAGACAUGAAGCAGAGAUAUGUUGGCCACUGUAAUGUGGGGACUGACAUAAAACAAGCUAGUUUCCUUGGCCAAAGAGGUGAAUAUGUUGCUAGUGGAAGCGAUGAUGGAAAAUGGUUUAUUUGGGAAAAGAAAACUGGUAGACUAAUAAAGAUUCUUGUUGGUGAUGACGCUGUUGUUAACUGUGUGCAGUGCCAUCCAGUUGAUUGUGUUGUAGCUACCAGUGGUAUUGAUAAUACAAUAAAAAUUUGGUCUCCAACUUCUCCAGUCUCAUCAAUUAUGGCUGCUGGAGCUGCUGGACCAGAGACUAAUAAUGUGGUGGACGUGAUGGAGAGCAAUCAACGAACACUAUGCCGUAAUCGUGAGAUGAUCUUGCCCUUUGAACUUUUGGAGCGGUUCCGGAUGCAUGAGUUUUCUGAAGGAACCCUACAUCCAUUUGAAUGCGCACAAAGUUAAUUCAGUCCCAAUACAGCUGCUCAUCUCGAGCUUAAAAACGGUGUCGUACAUAGGUGGAAUAACCAGGCAUACCUGCUGAAGUCGGUGUAAAGUUGGGGAUGUGUGUAUAUCGACUGUGUAAAAGCUGCUUUGGGUCUACAAUAAAUUGCAAGGUUUCUAUUUGUUUAGUUUUUUGGUUUCUUCUUCAUCAUCAUCAUCAUCUUCUAUUUCUUCCAUAAAUUUCUUUUGUUAAAUAAAUUGGAGUUCAAUAAAGUACUUAGUCCACCGGCAUAGUGUUUGGUAGAAAAUUAGUAAUCCUAUUGCUAUAGAAAAUGUCAAUUUUGUUUUGUUCUGUAAAAUUUGCAAAUAUUGUGUUCUUGUUA